CACAGAUAAGCUCAAAGGAAAAGAGAAUGAAUGAGCUCAAAUGAAAAGAAAAUGAAAGAGAAAGCAGUAAACAAAUAGGAUCCUUGCAGUAAAUGAGGAAUGCAAAACGAAAUUUAUUAUUUUUCAACUGAAAAAUGAAUGGCAGUAGAGACAGAUACAAUUUACAUCUGAAUUGCAGGAAAAACGAUUUUUCCGAAUUGAAGAAAUUGAACAACAAACAUCUGAAGAAAUCUCUCAUUUCCAUUAGGAAUGAUUUUAGAAGAAGUUCUUCAGUUAUUCAAUGCAAAAAGGACGUAGAAUCUUUAGUUCACAAAACUAUCCCAGAAGAAUUUUUUGGCUGCAGAGAGAACAAAAAGCUAUUUACCAAUAUAGUGAAAAGAAUAUUGAAUCAUAGGAAGGGAGAGUAUGUACACAUCUCUUUGCUUUAUAAGGAUUUUGAAAGAACUUUUGAGUGGUACAAAUGUAUUGAUAAUACGGAUGACUUUGACGAGAUUUUGAGAAAUGUUAACUUAUAUUUAUUGGAAAAAUGUAUUAAACCGUUCAUCAGAAAGCACUUCUUUCCAGUGUUACAAGGAAAAUCAUAUCAAAUUGAUCUAAUUCGUAAAAGUGAAUGGCAGUCCUUUAGAGAUAAGAUAUUUCAGGAAAUGGUAUCCAAAGGACAUGUGAAAAUAAAAGAUAAAUACAAUGAGUAUGUACCAAGAGGGGCUCUUAGAAUAUUACCUAAAGAAAACUGUCAUAGUUUGAAUUAUCGUCCUGUCAUUUGCUACUACACCAAGAGUGAAACUGAAGAAAAUUUUAAAUAUUUAUGCAGAAUUAGGAAGAAGAUCAAGUCUUACAUUCAAGAAAAAAAAUUGCAUUUGAAUAUUCAUGAAGCUUGGAAAAAAUUUGUGGAAAGUUCUAGCUUUGAAGUGAUUUAUGGAGUUAAAGCUGAUCUGAAAGAUUCCUUUGGAAGCAUAAAUUUGAAUAAACUGUCAUUGGUCCUUCUAGAACUGCCAAAAAGAAUCUUAUCCGAUGUUGAUAAAGACUUUCUUGUGAAAAGAAUAAAAAAACAGCAUAUCUCUUUCAACAAUGCCAAAAAUAGAAUCGUAAUGCGAUGGUGUCAUGGUUUGUUACAAGGUGAUAGACUAUCAUCAGUAUUAUGCGAUCUUUACUAUUUAGAGCUCAUUGAUAUGAAGCAACUAAAAAACUGUUUGGUAGGACAUUAUUUCUUCCAUAGAACUGUAGAUGACUAUAUAUUCUGCUCCACAAGCAGAGAAAAUGUGGAGACCUUCAUUUGUAACUUGAAGCUUGGGAAUGUUUUGAAUCAAGAUAAAAUAUUUUCAAAUAUACUUGACAACAAUCUUGUUGAAUUGCCAUACUGUGGCUAUAUUUUCAAUUUGUAUACCAAGGAAGUGACUAUAGAAUUCAACAUGCGGAGGGUUGACCUAAGGAAUAAAUGCAAGUUAUGGAAUGACUAUCUUUUCAGUUCUCCAGAUAAAUAUUUGACAAGCAUAAUGAAAUUCAGCUCUGCCAAUUUUUAUUUCAGUAAAGUGAUUUUUAAUACUCACUACAACAAUGAAGAAACUAUUAUCAAAAUUUAUUUUUAUAGUAUGAUUUAUCUUGGAAUGAAAUUCCAUUGUGCAUUCAGAGAGUUGAGGCAAUCCAACCAGGAAUAUUGCAAGAAUGCCUAUGUUGUAAGAAAAAAGAUUUUGGAAAUUAUCAGGCAGUAUUCCCGAAAAACCAUAAGAAUUAUUGAAAAAUUUAAAGGAAAUUUGUUUCAUGGCGAUAUAAACCAUCAAAUGUUAACAACAAUAGGUGUCCGUGCCUUUAUAUUGGUAUUUCAGAAGUAUUCCUGUGUUUAUAAGGAGAUAAUCGCAACUUUGAAGAAGCAAGUUCUUAUGAAAAUAGCUCUUUUUGGCAGUUUAGACAUUUCCUUAUUCAAAAGGAUACCUCCAAACAUGGUAAAGACAGAGAAUUGAGUCGUCUAAGAUGACUGCAAAUUUUAAUAGGGUUAGAUUUUAUAACCCCCUAGAUAUUUUUGUGUUCUUAAUUUUAUUAUUUUUUUAAAUUCUUUAUCUUAUUGUAUUUUUGAAAUUUUAAUAAACAGUUUUUUGUUUCUUAA